GGGAGGGGGCGGAGACGGAACUGGUCGCCCGGCGGGGCACGGAGCCUCACACACGUCCUUUUUGUGUCCUCUUGGGGAAAGUCCGAAGUAAGCGAGAUUACCAGUAUCCCUGGUAAGGUCUCUGCACCCACCCCCCGUGUAGAGCUGCAGAUGGUCUAGCCCAGCAGCGACUCACCUGCUGGCCAAGGCGCAGAUACCGGCCACAGGACAGGCGAGCCGCGCACGCUUGCGCAGAGCGAAGCAUGGGGUCAGCAGCCGCCGACCCCCUUUCCUGGGUCGGUGAAGGUGAGUAGAGGGCGGGAGGGGAGCGUUUCCCUCCUUGGCCGACGCUCAUCUGUAACCGCCGCCAUAGAUUUAAGUACAUCCAUCCCAGCGAGCUCUACAAUCCAUGGAUCCCAACUGUUCGUGGAAGAUCAUUAAAAACACUGGGUACAAUAAUGAACACAGUGUGUGGAAUGAUGGCUUGGCUCUUAAGAACUCACCUGAUAAAUUCUUCACUGAUUCUGGAUCAAGUGAAAAUGCUUUCCUGUCUUGGUGCCAUUAGAAAUAGAAUGAUAUCAACCCAUAAAUCCAAAAAGAAGAUCGGAGAAUAUUAUAGGCUGCUGAAUCUAGAAGAAGGAUGCUCUGUAGAAGAUGUCCGGGAAUCUUUUCGUAAGCUUGCCAAGCAAUACCAUCCAGACAGCAGCUCUAGUGCCGCAGACUCUGCAACAUUUAUAAGAAUCGAAGAAGCCUAUAGGAAUGUCCUUUCCCAUGUGAUAGAGCAAACAAAUGGCAAACAGAAUAAAGUGGAAGAAACAGAAGAAGAAGAAGAAAAAUUCAAAUACAACACACCCCAGCACCGGCAUUAUUUAAGUUUUGAAGGUGUUGGUUUUGGAACUCCGAGUCAGCGAGAGAAGCAAUAUAGGCAAUUCAGGGCAGACCGUGCAACAGAGCAAGUGAUGGAAUAUCAAAAGCAGAAGCUGCAAAGGCAGCAUUUUGCUAAUAGUGUAACUAUUAAAGAUGUAAGACAGAGCAGAGAACAAAAGAUAACUCAAGCAAUAGAGCGUUUAGUGGAGGACCUCAUUCAGGAAUCAAUGGCAAAAGGAGACUUUGACAAUCUCACUGGGAAAGGAAAACCUCUAAAUAAGUUUUCUGGCUGUUCAUAUAUUGAUCCCAUGACCCACAACCUGAACAGAAUAUUGAUAGAUAAUGGAUACCAACCAGAAUGGAUCCUAAUGCAAAAGGAAAUAAAUGAUACUAUUGAGCAACUCAGAGAGGCAAUUUUAGAGUCUAGAAAAAAACUUGGGAAUCCAAUGAUGCCAACAGAACAGAAGCAGUGGAACCAAGCUUGUGAACACUUGAAAGAAAACAUCAGAAAUCUAAACAAGCGAAUUAAUGACUUUAAUUUAAUUGUUCCCAUUCUGACCAGGCAAAAAGUCCAUUUUGAUGCACAGAAAGAAAUUAUCAGAGCCCAGAAAAUAUACGAGACUCUUAUCAAAACAAAAGAAAUCGCAGAUAAAAGCUCAAAUGACAUUAAUCAGGGAGAAGAGAAAACCCCUGGAGUCAAGACAGGUUUUUUUAACUUGAUAAAUCUCUGGAAAUUUAUUAAAAUAUGACUGCCGGAAUAUUUGCUAUCACAGUACUGCUCCAAUUCAUUUUCAGUUGACAUCAGACAUAAAGGCUGGGUUACUUAGGUGCCUUUGUAGUUGUCAGAAAACUCCUCACACUCCAGUGAUGUGUGAGAAAGCUAAGCAACUGAGUCGGAGAAAUUUUUUUUUUUUUUUUGUACCAGGGAUCGAACUUGGGUCCUUGUGCUUGCGCAGCAGGCGGCGAAACCACUGAGCUAAAUCUCCGGCCCUGAGUCGGAGAAAUUUUGAUCAGCUCUGCUCAUACGAAUAUAGCAAAAGAAAAGAUCUCACGUCUAAAGGAAACGGGCCAUUUCAGAGUUUAGGUGUCCGUAGUUAGGUGAAAUGAGCUAGAACUGAGAUCAGACUUGGGAAUCGUACAAGGUAUUCAAAAAGUCUUAGUGUAGUUUUAGGCUCUAAUAACUUAGAAGCAGUUACGAUUUGCCAUUGUCAAACACAGGUGCUUCAACAAUAACAAAAUUCCUGAAUAUGUAUUAGCAAAACAAAACUGAAGAAGUAUGGUAAAAUGUAACUGACUAAACCUCCAAAUGACCUGUCAUUUUUACAAGUUUGCUGCAGUUCUACGUAUUAAAACUCAAAACUGUUUCAAGACUUUUAGAAGAUCUAUAUGGGUGAAAAGGUUAAGAUCAGGAAAUUAGUUUGAUUGCUGGCACUUUUUAUUAUAAGGCCUUCUCUGGGUACUGAAUGAAAAAAAUGUCAAACAUCUAUGUUGUACUUUUUCUUGCCUACUUUCAUUAUGCAUUGGCUGCAGAAAUAAUCAGGCAAGUUAGUUGAAUUAGAAAUCCUUAAGUGGGCUGGGGAUUUAGCUCAGUGGUUCCACUGUCUGCCUCAAAAGCGCAAGGUCCUGAGUUCAAUCCCCGGUACCGAAAAAAAAAAUUCCUUAAGUCUUGUCCAGUUAAAUCAGACUCUUCAGAGGCUUUUGAGUGAUAUGAAAAUCCAGUUUACUGUCUUGGACCUAACCUGCCUUAGGGACCCUUUAAUAAAUAAAGACAAGAUAUAGUAUCUGAAUUUUCUUCAUUUGUAUCUUUGACUAAUGACAAGAGAUUGAAAUUCAGGAGAUUAUUUUGUCCUGUCCAUUCCAGAAAAUCUAAUGUUUAGCCCAGUGUAGUAGUGCACAUCUGUAAUCCCAGUACUUAGGAGGUCGAGGCAGGAGGAACACCAUGAGUUUGAGACCAGCCUGGGCUCCAUAAUGAGUUCAAGGCCAGUUUGAACUACAUAGUGAGAUCCUGUCUUGGAAGGAAGAAAGGGAAAAGUCUAACUUUUAAAGACUUGGAUAGUUGCUUUGCCACCGAAUUGGGCACCUAGGAGGAAGUAGAAGGUGAUGAAGAAUAACUGGUCUGUUUCUAGAAUGCUUUGGCAUAGAUGUAACUCAGAAGCAUGCCACCCAACACUCUUGAUUUGAAAAGAACAAGUUGUUUUAUAAAGUGUGUGAUAGUUAAAUCAAAAAAUAAACCUACAUUGUCAAAAGGAAAUUUGAAGCCUUUUUGCUUAGAUAAUGGGACAUUAGUUGGCAUAAUUUUAAAAAUUCAAUCAGUUAUCAUUUGGCUUCUAUAAUAGUACUUAUUACUGUAAAUAAAAUUGUGAACAGUAUGAAAUAUAGCUUUAUUAUCUUUGUGGCAGGGUCUCACUAUGUAGUUUAGGCUGGUCUUGAAUUCACUGUGUAUCCCAUGUUGGCCUCGAAUUUGCAGUGAUCCUUCUGUCUCAGCCUCCUGAGUGCUGGGAUUAUGAGCACAUGCCACCGUGCCCAACUCAGUAAUACAGCUUUAGCCAUUGUUCCAAAACAUUUUAGAAGUCUGUAAUUCAGUGAAUUUUGUUAAAAAAUUGGAGUUGGAUAUAAAAGUCUUCAAUAUGUUGCAGUAAACAUGAAUGAAACUAUUUCCAGUAUUGGCCAAUGGGAGGGUAAGGUUGCCAGAACACUUAAUUUCAGCACAAUGCACUUUAUGUUUGUAAAUGUCUAUAAUAAUAAAGUUACUUUAAUGGUUA